GCCGCUCCGUGUGUGUGGAUGGAAGAACACAGCGCCCAAAGCUCCGCAGAAAAUGCCUCGUAGCUGUUCUUGAAGGCCUCCAAAGUGUCCGGGGGGGAGACGUAGCAGGGAUCCGGGCUGGUGUGCACACGAAUCCCCGCCAGGAUGUGGAAAGUUUUGGCUAGCGGUGCCGUAGUUUUCCCCGGUCUGUUCUUGGCGUUUCGGAGACUCCUGCCGCGCGUGUUCAGCCACUGGAGCGAUGCCGACGUGGUGCUCGUCAGCGAGAGGCUGGUGUCCUCGGUCCACGCACUCAUGGCUACCGCCGCAGGAGUGGUCGUCGUGGCGUCCUGUUGGAACAAUGUUAUCCACGACAGGCACUGGCUGGUCACAGACUUCGUCAUCUACUAUGGCUGUCCAUACAUGACCUACGACAUCUUUGCCAUGUACCUCAGCCACUACUAUCGCUUCCGGGUCAAAGGGCACGAGGAGUACAAGGAGCACUCGCUCAGUACGGUCAUCUCUUUUUUGAGGAGGGAGUUUCUACUGGUGCUGCAUCACAUCGCGCUACUCACUAUCUUGCUACCUGUCACUUUGUUCUUCAGGAAGGAACAGGGAGACUUCUUCAUCGGCUGCUUGUUUCUUACGGAGGUCAGCACACCCUUCGUCUCCCUGGGCAAAAUCCUCAUUCAGCUGGGCCUACAGGAUUGCUGGAUCCACAAAGCCAACGGCGGCAUGGUGCUCCUGACCUUCUUCCUGUGCCGCAUCGCCCUCUUCCCCUUCAUGUAUUGGACCUACGGGCACCACUACCAGCUGCCCCUCUACAGCGUGCCCCUCCACCUGCCCGCCUCCACCAACCUGGGCAGCUGCUGCAUCCUGGCACCGCAGCUCUACUGGUUCAUCCUGCUGUGUCGGAAAGGCUACCGGCUCUACCAGCGGAGCAGAGGGGCAAGCACACCACCAGGGGGCGCCAAAGACAACUGACGUCAGCCCUGGUCUACUCCGCGUUUGCAGCACACAUCAAUGCCUCUUUGCGAAUCUUAAACAGACAUAUCAAAUUAAAGUUUUAUUUAAUUUUUUUGUGAAUGAAUAGACUCUCCCUCUCCUGGUGAUAAGCUGCUGAAACAGUCAAUAUUUAUUUUGGUAGACUUUUUCCACUACAUUCAUUUUGCUAUAUAUGGCUCAGGUGAGAGGAUUUGGAUGAGGAAUGCGUAAAGUUAAGCUAGAAAUUUUUAGACUGCAAAAAAUAUAAUACCUAAAUUAUAAUACCUACAUGAAUUCAAAUUACAAUCAAUUAUUGACAGUAUUGAUUUGAAUCAUUUUGGAUAGUUUAUUGGUUCAUACUACUUGCUUGAACACCCGUGUUACUGUUUUUUUUCUCCCUUUUUUUCUUUUUUCUUAAAACAAAUUUCUGCAAGUGGAGAAUUUUGUCUUAAAUAUAUGGGUGCAAAUGUCAUGCUCCACUGGCAGUAAAUUUAAAAUAAUAAGAAAAAAAAAAGCAUGGAAAUUUCAAAAAUUCAGUGCUCCCAAAAAUUAUUAUAUUUUUUUCUAAUAGUUUUGAAUUUGUGUAGUUUUAGAUAUUAAUUUUUUGCAGUUAUUCAACAGGUCAGUUCUGUCACUCAUAUCCUUUUUAAUGUGAUUUUAUCUUUCACUUUACUGUAAUGUAGGUUUCAAAAAAAAAUUGAAACCAUGAACUCCUAAUGAACUAUUUACCAGUUGUAGCAGUACUACUUUAGCAUUUUUAACUACUAAGAAGAAAAUUACAAAUGGGUGCAUAGCUAUUAUUUUUGAGUGUUUUGAUUGAUUUUUAAUUGCAUUCGCUGUCUAUAGAGACUACUACACUAGUUUUUAGGGCUGCAAAACGAGGAAAAAUGUGACAACUUUGUUUAAUAUCUUGAUUUAAUAUAUGAUUUUGAAAUUUUAAUAUACUUUUUGACACAGAUAGUAUAAGUAAGAUCAGUAAAUUUAAAUUUACAAAAAAAAAUAUUUCUAAAUAAUGGAAAUCUUCACUUUAUGUAAUAUUUUUAAAUUUAAAGCCUCCCCAUGUAACAUUUCAGCCAAAAAAUAAACAAAAAUGUACUUAAUUGUGUGUAUGUUUAGGGCACAUAAAACCUUGAAAAGCAUUUUGGUACUGUGAGCCAGCUUGCAUCUCCACAGACCUGACUCAUAGCAUGGCAGAGGGUCUGUUACUCGCUUGUUAUUGCUUUGCCUGAAGAGUCACACAGUACAUGUGACUCUUCAGGCAAAGCAGGCAAAGAUGUCUCCAGCUUAUGUCUCCAUGAAGAAUUUUCCAAAGUAUGUCUUUAAAGUGGGACUAAACACAACCACAUUUCAAAUAGAUCUGUUGAACUGGGCAGUGCCUGGAGGACUAAAGAGCAGAGUGAUCUGGACAUAUGAGGAAAAGUGUGAUUGGUCAAACAGGUAUCCCCUGCAGCCAAGUGUUUGUAAUCAGAAACACCUGUCUUUAAUCAGGGCCUAAUAAUUGCAAAUGUGUCUGGGACCAGACACAUUUGCAAUGAGGACUGCACUCGCCCACUGGAGUGGGCGAGUGCAGUGCGAACGCGGUUGACCUUGGGCCAACCUACACAGUCCCUGUGACAGUAAAAGUGCAUACAGUCCGCUGUGUUUAGCCACAAGUGAAAGAAAGGACCACCGCAUAUGGGUGAAGUGAGCAGGUUGCACACAUAUUCGCGGGGCUCUGUCCACUUGAAGCACGUUAGAAAUAAAACUCAUUUAUCAGCUGAUGGACUCUUGCAAGGCCAACCCAAAAGUAAAGUAAACAGAUCUAACAGAUCUGUUUACUUUACUUUCACAGAUCUAACAUGUGAAAAUGACCUUAGUGGUUAGUUCCACUUUAACUUUUUAUUUCCACUGAGUCACGUAGGUUGCGUGCCAGCUACCAGAAAUGUUACGAGUUGGGGCUUUAAUUUUCAUGGCUUUAAUUUUUCCAUUUAUUGUGCAGCCCUAAAUUUUUGAUGGAACACAUUGGUAUCAGAUGGAUGUCAUGAUACUACACCUAUCAUUACAUGAGCCCUAGCAUUAACAGAUAUGGCCCAUUUCUCUUAAGUCUUUUUAGCACGUGGUUUUCAGCUGGUCUGAUUUUGGUUGGGACCUUUACGCCUCAUUUUACAUGACCAACACAAUAUUGUAGUGCAUUAUUUUUGUAGAUUAUUUCUUCUUUUACAACCUUUAUGGCUUAUGUUUUUUACCAUUUUAAACACUUACAGAAACUCUUUAAAGGAGACAUAUUGUGCAGAAUUGACUUUUCAGAAUUUAUAAACAUGCUAUAAUUGUCCCUUCUCAUUUACCCUGUCCAAAUUGUAUUGAGAGAUUCAUGCAUGUUUGAAUAAUCUUUAUUCUCCUGUAUUCAGGACGUCAUUGCUCCAAUCUACCCUUGGUUUUACUGCCACCGUUACAUGCAGAUAUUGAACUUUUGUUUCAUGUGGCUAGGACUUAGCAGUGUCACAUAGCCAUUUCGACGCAAAGUAAAACAAACCUACUUGCUAGCAUCAUCUGCAGCUAUCAGAGGUGCUGACGUCAUCACAACAAAGUGCUGCUGCUUACGGCGACGUCACCUCCCAAUGGGCUCUGGACUUGUCUCUUUUCUUAAGUAAUUUUAGAUGAAUAUUGUGAUUUAAAAUGUCCAAAUUAUAACAUAGUGAUGCACAGGUGUCAUAGAUUAUAACUAUAUAGCAGACACAAGCACAAUAUGUCUUCUUUAAUAGUUUUUGUCUUUAGGGCUGAUGCAAAAAAAAUAUCUUAGAGCGACAUCUAGUGGUCAAGAAAUAUAAAGCAUGCAUUGAUUAACAACAAGAAUCCUUUGAAUUAAGACCCACACAUUUGUAGCCUAAAGAUGUUUUAAAAAAUCUAAUUCAGCCCUAACUUUUUCUUCACUUACGGACAUGAAUGACCUAUUUACGUGUGAAUUCCAUACAGUUGCACAAAUAUUUUGAGCUUUUUUCUAAUUGUGUCUUCCAUUGGAGCUUUGAGGUUAGAAGGCUUUAUGUGUGAGGCUUAGUAGACACUGGUGGCUUGAGAUACUGGAUCAACUAUCAGUGUCUGGCUUUGCAAAAGGAGUGUGGCGCUAGCAACUGAUAACAUAAAAAUGGCCAAUAUUAUGCAUUUAUGUACCAAUCACCUAUUUCUGAUUUUUACUUCUUAC